AGGAUUGUCCCGUGUCGCUUUCCGUCCGCCCCGCGGCCACUCUGCGUCCGGGAGCUGUUGCGGGCCAUGGCGUUCCAGUGCCAGCGGGACAGCUACGCCCGGGAGUUCACCACCACUGUGGUCUCGUGCCGGCCCGCCGAGCUGCAGAGCGAAGGGAGCCACGGCAAGAAGGAGGUGCUGAGCGGCUUCCACGUGGUGCUGGAGGACACGCUGCUUUUCCCCGAGGGGGGCGGACAGCCUGAUGACCGUGGUACAAUUGAUAACAUCGAUGUGCUAAGAGUGACCCGUCGGGGUGCCCAGGCUGAUCAUUUCACACUGACCCCCCUGAGCCCUGGGAGCGAGGUCCAGGUCCGGGUGGACUGGGACCGGAGGUUUGACCACAUGCAGCAGCAUUCAGGCCAGCAUCUCAUCACCGCAGUGGCUGACAGUCUGUUUGGGCUGAAGACAACAUCGUGGGAGUUAGGGCGGCAGCGCUGCGUGGUGGAGCUGGACAGCCCCUCCGUGACCGCGGAGCAAGUCUCUGCCAUCGAGCAGAGCGUCAACGGGAAAAUCAGAGCACGGCUGCCGGUGACGGUUCGGGAACUCAGCCUGGACGAUCCGGAGGUAGAGCAGGUCAGGGGUCGGGGCUUACCAGAUGACCACGCUGGGCCCAUCCGAGUCGUCACCAUCGAGAGUGUUGACUCCAACAUGUGCUGUGGCACCCACGUGAACAAUCUCAGUGACCUUCAGGUCAUUAAAAUCCUGGGCAUUGAGAAGGGGAAAAAGAAUAAGACCAACUUGGUAUUCCUGGCUGGGAACCGCGUUCUGAAGUGGAUGGAGAGAAGCCAUGGGACCGAGAAAGCGCUGACUGGGCUGCUGAAGUGUGGGCCUGAGGAGCAUGUGGAUGCAGUGCAGAAGCUGCAGAACUCCACCAAGCUCCUGCAGAAGAACAAUCUGAGCCUGCUCCGGGACCUGGCCGUGCACACUGCCCGCAGCCUCAGGAGCAGCCCAGACUGGGGCGGGGUGGUCAUGCUGCACAGGAAGGAGGGUGAUUCCGAGUUCAUGAAUAUCAUCGCCAACGAGAUCGGCUCAGAGGGGACCCUCCUGUUCCUGACCGUGGGCGAAGAGAGAGGCGCAGGGCUCUUCCUGCUGGCAGGGCCCGCAGAGGCUGUGGAGACCCUGGGACCCAGGGUGGCUGAGAUCCUGGAAGGCAAAGGCGCGGGCAAGAAAGGCCGCUUUCAGGGCAAGGCCACCAGGAUGAGCCAGCGGGCGGAAGUGCAGGCGCUUCUUCAGGACUACGUCAGCAGGCAGAGCUCUGAGGAGUGAGCACGGACCAGCCUCCUGGACCCACAGUCUCUCGGACAAUAAAAUAGUUUGGUGUGGGGUCACAUAGGAACAGUUCAUACCACGCUUUGGAGUGUGCCAUGUAGGGAGUAAAUACUCGGUUUUCUGCUGGUCCCUCUGAGGCCUGCCUCAGGCCUGGGAAGAGCCUGGAGUGCGGACGGGCUCUGACUCAGGGGGGCUGCGACUGGCAGCAACUGGGGGCCCGAGGUGCGUGCAGGGCCUGGCUGUGUGUUGCCCCGGCUGUAGACUCCUUCCCUGGGAAUCUUUGUUCCUCA